AUGGCCGAUAAAUUGUACCAAAUUAAAUUGGACAUUAAAAAAGGUAAAAACAUUGUUGGCUCCGAUGGGUCGGUAUGUUCACCAUAUCUCAGAGUUACUUGGGGUGGUAAAAAACAACAAAAGACCAAAGUCAUCACAAAGUCUGCCGAACCAGAAUGGAAUUUUUCUUGUCUACUUGAAAUUAAAAAAGAAAAGAAUCCACAAAAACCAGGUCUUGAAUUUGAAUUAAUUGAACAUAAACAAUUUUCAGAGAAAGAGAUAUCAAGUACAACUUAUCAAUUACCAGAAUCAUUAAUUUUGGGUGAAGCAUGUAAUUAUUCAGUACCAAUGAGCAUUGCAACCAGCAAAGGUGACCAAAAAUGUGAGAUUUUAAUUGCAAUCACUGCAAUCAAUUUCGGUAAAGAUAAACAAGAUGAAGAAAAGAAAAGACAUGACGAAAUUCAAAAGAAAUUCGCUCAAUUAGUUGAACAAUUAGCAACUGAUUCAAAAGCUAGAGAAGGUAUGAUGAAAUUACCUUAUGAAGCAAGAGCUCAAUUAGUUGAACAACAUAGAGAUAAAUUAGCAAAUGAAAAACAUCCAGAUGAAUAUGUUGUACUUUUAAUUAAAGAAAUUACAAGAAAGAAUAUUCAAUUAGCAGGUGGUCUUCAGAAAUCACAUUCAGCAUCUAAUGCAUCAUUGGGUUCAUUAUCACCAGUUACACCAAGAGUUGAUGAUGGUUUAUCAGUUGCUGAACUUAAAAACAUAAGUGUAGCCUUACGUUCCCGUGGUUUAGAUUGGAUUCACCAAUUUCAUAAAUUAGGUGCUACUACUCGUUUAGUUGAAUUAUUAAGUUUAUAUGUCAACAAAAAGAGUCACACAGAAGAAAGUUUACAAAAACAAUUAGAAUGUUUAAAUUGUAUUAAAAAUUUAAUGAACAAUAACGUUGGUAUUGGUUACAUUUUUGGUAUUAAAGAUUCUUUCAAGACUAUUGUUUUAUGUUUAGGUUCUGAAUAUGAAAAAGUUAAUGAAUUGGCAAUUGGUUUAUUAAAUACAAUUUGUUUUUUACCAAAAAUUAAUGGUCAUAAAUUACUUAUUGAAUUAUUAAAUUAUUUUAAAGAAGAAAAAAAAGAAAGUAGAAGAUUUAUUUCAAUUGUCAAAUCAUUAAAAUCAAAAGCAGGAGUUAUUGAAACUAAAGAAACAUUGAAAACCAAAUCAAUUUAUUUAUCAUUUAUUAAUAUUAUUGUAAAUACACCAGCAGAGAUUGAUUUACGUUUAGCACUCAGACAAGAGUUUUAUUGGUUGGGAAUUAAGGAAAUUUUGGUUAAACUUAGUAAUUACACUUAUGAUGAGUCCCCAGAAUUGGAUACUCAAAUCACUGUGUUUGAGGAAGAAGAAUCAAAAGAUAACAAAGAAAUGUCUGAACGUUUCCAAGAGUUUAAAGGAUUGAAUUUGGAUAAUGUCGAUGAUGUUUUAAAGACCUUGAUGGAUCGUAUUCGUCCAAAAGGUUUGGUAGAUUGUAUGAGAGAAAUUAGUAAAGAUCUCUUACUCUUACCAAUCGAUGAUGAUGUUGGCAUUAGAAAUUGGGUUUUAGCAUCAAGAAUUAUCAAACAAAUCUCUUUACGUGACAAGAAUAUUGGUAUCGAUGAGGAUAUUCUACCAUUGGAAAACCUUUUACUCAUGUGUGAACAAGAAGCUAAAGAAGUACCAUUGAAAUCUCAAAUUGAAUCACUUAAAAAGGAUGCUCAAGAUCUUGCAAAGAAAAUCACUACUCAAGAUAUUGAACUCAAAGAAAAAGUUGAAAUCAUUAAAAAGAAUGAAGAAUUAACUACUAAACAAUUGGAAGAACAAAUUAAUAUCGCUAAAAAGAAAGAUGAAGAAAUUAAUCAAUUGAAAGCAUUGGUUGAACAAUUGAAAUUAACUCAAGGUACUGCUAAACCAGAUUCCGCUGCUGCUUCAACUAGUGUUGCUCCACCACCACCACCACCACCAAUGACUGGAGGAGGUGCACCACCACCUCCACCACCACCUCCACCUAUGACUGGAGGAGGAGGUCCACCACCACCACCCCCACCACCACCAAUGACUGGAGGAGGUCCACCACCACCACCACCACCUCCACCAAUGACUGGAGGAGGUCCACCACCACCACCACCACCACCAGGAGGAGGCCCACCACCACCACCUCCACCACCUGGCGCUAAAGCAGGAGGCCCACCACCACCUCCACCACCAUUUGGUAAAGGUCCACCACCACCUCCAGGUGGUUUUGGUAUGAAGAAAGCUGCUGCUCCACCAAGAAAAGAAGUUCCAGUUCCAGCACUUAAAAUGAAAGGUUUACAAUGGGUUUCAUUAAAUGAUAAAAAGAUUCAAGGUACCAUUUUCUCAAAGUUCAAUUUAGAUACCUCUAAAGACAUUAACUUGGAUUAUAAAGAUAUUGAAGGUGUAUUCGCUGCCAAAGUUAUUGAAAAGAAAGAAUCAACCGCACCAAAGAAAACUGGCCCAGUUUCUAUUAUUGACCCAAAGACCUCACAAAAUCUUUCCAUUUUCCUUUCACAAUUCAAAGGUAAAUCUUAUGAUGACAUUUGUGGUGCCAUUUCCAAGGGUGAUGAAACUGUCUUCCAACCAAAUCAUAUCGAUGCUUUAAUUGGUUUCCUUCCAUCUGAAGAUGACAUCAAUAAUAUCAAUGAAUUCCUUCGUGAAGAGAAAGAUAUCACCAAAUUAGGACCACCAGAACAAUUCUCUAUGAAAAUUCAUUCAGUUCCACAAGUUAAAGCUCGUCUUCAAGCAAUGAAAUUCAAAUAUGCUUAUGAAUCCAAAAAGAGUGAUCUCAAAGUUGACAUUGAUAACUUUAAACAAGGUACCCAAGAAAUUAAAGGUAGUGAAAAGAUUCCAAAACUUUUAGAGGUAAUUUUAAUUCUUGGUAAUUUCAUUAAUGGUGGUACAGCAAGAGGUAAUGCCUAUGGUUUCAAACUUAAUACCAUCACAAAACUUGCCGAUACUAAAUCAACCGAUAAUAAGCUAUCCUUGGUUAACUAUCUCACUCGUGUUGUCAUUAAAGAUUUCCCACAUCUCAAUAGCUUUGCUCAAGAUCUUGGUCAUGUAGAAGCUGCUGGUCGUGUAUCAUUAUCACAAGUUCAAGCUGAAGUUGCCACUUUGAGAAAAGAGUUUGUUCAAGUUCAAAAAUCAAUUGAAACUCUCAACUCUGGUACUGGCGAAGAAGCCGUCGAUCCAUUCAAAGUUAAAUAUGAAGAGUUUUGCACUCAAACCGCUGAAGAUAUUGAUUUGAUCACUUCAUCAUCUCAACAAAUUGAAACCGACUAUAAAGAUUUAUUGGCUAUGUUUGGUGAAGAUUCAAAAUCUGAACCAAGUGAAUUCUUUGGCAUGUUCACUAAAUUCAUGGAUCAAUAUGAUAAAGCUACCAAAGAGAAUGAACAACUCUCCAUCCAAGCCGAAAAGAUUGCUAAAAGAGAGGCUGCUAAAAAACUUAAAGAAGAAGAAGACGCUAAAAAGAAACAAUUGGCUGAAGAAAGAAAACAAAAAGGUGAAACCGUCGAAGUUAAAGAAUCAGUUGUUGAUGAUCUUUUAGAUACAAUCGCAAGUGGUGAUGCAUUUAAGAAUAGACGUAGAAGGGCACGUAAAACUGAUCAAGAUUCGACUAUAGAACCAAUUGAUUUGUAA